GAAUCAGAGGAAUUCAGCAGCAGUGAGUCACUGAGUGGUCUCAACAGCAGCUGCAUGUCUAUCCAUGAGAUUUCCAGAUACCUGUAGCUGCAGGUCCUCGGCGUCACAGCCAUUCCACCCUGUUUCUGUCUGGAGGAAAGUCCUCUCACUGAUCUGAGGACACUAACGGAGAUGUUAAAAUGCCCAAGCUUCUGUUUUCAAAGGCUCGCUUAUAUGAAAUCCGGGAUCUGAUGCAAAACGUCAAAAGACCCAGAAGGAUUGAUAUUGUGCUUAAUAGAAGGAGGCGUAAGAAGGAUGUCCAGGACCUGAUGGUGCAAAAAAUAAGUGAAGAGCCAUCUUCUUUGAAACUCAGUUGUCAGACAGAGAAUAAACUCCACCUCACUCUGGAGAAACUAUUACGGGAUAAAAAGUAUUUAGCAGCGUUCCAAACUUUCCUGGAGUCGGAGUUCAGUGAGGAGAACAUCAAGUUCUGGCUGGCGUGUGAGGACUUCAGGUCGACCGCCUCAUUGGAUGAUCUCCGCUGGAAAGCAGAGGAGAUCUACACAGAGUUCAUCCAGCCGAUGGCCUGCAGAGAGAUCAACGUUGACCACUACAUUAGGGAGAAUAUCAAAACGUCCUUGGAGAACCCGAGCAUCUCCUGCUUCGACGAGGCCCAGAAACACGUUUACCUGCUGAUGGAGAGAGACUCCUGCCCCAGAUUCCUGAACUCUGACGCCUACCUGAGCCUAACGCGCAAAUCCAGAACUAUGUGGUACAUUUAGGUGAGAGAGAACGCUGUUGUUUGAGCUGAAAAGUUCUUUCACAAUGUUUGAGACGAUCAUGAACGUUUUCUUACAAAGGCAGAGCAUUUCUCACAAGCUCUACAACCCGAAGUCAUCAAUGUCCAUGUCCUUUUGCAGACGGCUAGAUAAUAAUAAACGUUAUGAAUGAGGAACCUUUCAAAACCCAAUAACAGACGUGUUUUACGAGACACAAAUGACCAAAAGACAAUUUGGAGAAACACAGAAGCAAUUUGAAGAUCGCCAAACUGCUACAGCUGAGAAAAGGGUGGAAUAAAAUUAGGAGGCACUAAGUAGAGCUCCUCAGUCCCCGGUGACGUAACGUCCAGGUCAGUUGCUCCUGAGGUUUUUUCCGCAAAUAUCUAAAACUGAAAAAAACACGUGUGAAGAUUUCAACCUGGAAAAACAGCGAGAUUCUUAAGCGUUUAGUGACACCGGUGUUGAUUUGCUGUAAACAAAAACACAAGGCUCCACCCCUCACUCAAAUCUUCUGUACAUUUCCGUGUUGUUGUGACCGCGUUCGAUCCUAAUCAUAUCCCACUGGGUCCUUGGUGUGUGGAAAACCAAUUUCCUGGAAAUUUACCACAGUUCAUGAUGAUGAUAGAGAGCACUCCCCUAAAUUUGCAUUUCCCAAAAAAAUUCCCUUUUUUGCAGGAACGUGACACACAGUUGGAUCUGUGUCAAACGUUUUGGCUUUACAUAAAAUAGUAAGUUCAGAAGCAGGAUAAAUACGUUACAAUAAAAGGUUUUAAGAAAGUGAAUUUCAGCUCAAAGUCCUGAGAAAACAGCUUUUGAUAUAUUAUUGAUGAUCAGUAUUAAUGAAAUGUGGGCAUUAAUAAAGUAAUGAAAUACAACUACGAGGAAUAAAAAGCAAUGUGAGCAGAAAGAAGUGUUUGUACGUAGAGGAGAGAGAAAGAUGUUGGUAUGUGUGAAAAGAUGAUUUUGAAGGAUUAAUCGUUAUUUGAUAAAACUUGUUUGUUAACAGAAAGUCUGACUGAAAGAAUCAUAAAUGAUGAGGAAUGGUAAAUGAGUGGUUUCUGAUCAAUCAAUCUAGUAUUUACAAAUCAAUAUUUCUGUCAUAGGGCUCGACAAUGUGCAAAACUCUCUGUAAAAUAAAAUAAAACAACUUUUUUACCAAA